GACAGAGAAUUGUUUGGAUGGAGAUGAGAGGCAGAGAAGACAUAGAAAUAGGGCAAGACCUAACUCCACCACUUUCUCCGCUCUUUUGCUCUCUACACGCCAAUUUUAUUUCUACUCACUGCUCUUCUUGCUUCUCACCUCUCUCUAACCACUCUUCCCCUCUCUGCUCCUCCGCCCACUUCUCCUCCGAUGAACUCUGCUCUCUAUCCACCGCCGAGCUCCGUGUCGCCUUCCGCCUCCUCCUUUCCCUCCCCUCUCACCCGCUCCCCCUCGCCCCCAGAAUUUUCGGUUUACUUACAAACCACCGCAAAUUCAUCACCUUUUCCGAUAAUGAUGACGAUAUGUACAACCAAAUUCGAGACGGGGCAACUGCCAUAGCGUCUGUCAGAAAAUUAAGAAAUGGAAAGGAACACGACGACGUUUUACGUGAAGAGGAAGCAGCGGCGGUGGCUUUGUGCCUAGUUUUAACGAACGCCGUUGAGGUUCACGAUGAUGAAGGACGUAACCUCGGGAUCGCUGUUUACGAUUUCAAUUUCUCUUUCAUUAACCAUAGCUGCUCUCCUAAUUCAUGUUACAGCUUCUUAAUAUCACCUCCUCCCCGUACAUCGUCGCCGUUUCCUAACCAAAAACUGCUAAUUGUUCCCGCCACUACGACCACCAAUGAAAAGCAGACUGAAUUUGCCCAUACCAAUCUUAGAUUUGCCAAAGGAGAUUAUGAUAAUUACGGGCCCAAGAUUAUAGUGAGGAGCAUUAAGAAGAUCAAGAAACAUGAGGAGAUAACUGUGACUUACACUGAUUUAUUACAACCUAAGGCAAUAAGGCGGUCGGAGUUAUGGGCCAAGUAUCGUUUUCAUUGUGGCUGCGCAAGGUGCAGCGCCUCACUUCCCUCGUAUGUUGAUCGUGCAUUGCAGGAAAUUUCUACUUCAAAUCUGUCCUCUUCAAGCGCAUGUGCGGAUCAGAGUUUUUGUAUAGAUGAAGCAACUGAAAAGCUGAUUGCUUAUGUAGAUGAAGUUAUAACCGAGUUUCUCUCUGAUAGUGAUCCUGAAUCAUGUUGCAAGAAGCUCGAGAGCGUGCUUAUUCUCGGGCUCCUCGAUGAGACAUUUGAGAAGAAACAAGGAAUAUCACAGUUGAAAAUCACAUUGCAUCCUUUACACCAUCUUGCUCUGAGUGCAUACGUGACGCUUGCUUCUGCAUAUAGAAUCCGUGCAAGCGACAUUCUAACCGUCCAUACUGAAACCACUGAACAUCAGUUAGGAGUCUUUGACAUGUUCAGGACUGGUUCUGCAUACUCCUUUUUUCUCGCUGCCACAACUUACCACCUGUUCUGCUUCGAAUCUUCCUUGAUUGCAUCUGUUGCAAAUAUCUGGACUAAUGCGGGUGAAUCUUUAAUAACACUUGCCAGAAGCUCAGUAUGGGAUUCCUUUGCGCAGCCGGAGUCGUCGCUUGGCUUAAAACUGUUUUCUCUUGGUAAACAUAAUUGCUCAAAGUGCUCAUCUAUAGAUAAAUUUGAAGCCAUUUUGUCUUUCGGUCAAGGUCCAAAUGAAGAUUUUGAAAACAUGUCAAUUAAAUUUAUCAACUGUAUUACGAACUUUUCGCAGAAAGUUUGGGGUUACCUAAAUGAGGGGUGCAAUUACUUGAAAAUGUUUAAAGAUCCCAUGGAUUUCAGAGAGCUUGGAACAUUAUCUACUACCGUAUCAGAUUACGACCGGAAUGUGUUCAGACAUGAUAGGGUUUCAGAUUGUCGGAAUGAAGACGGUAUUUCUGGAUUAGACGCAAAAUUCUGUAAGCAGAAGAGGAUAAACAUAUUUGAGUUGGGCGUUCAUUGUUUACUCUAUGGAGAAUUGUUAGCAAGCAUAUGUUGUGGUAAGCAUUCCCAGAGGACUAGACGCAUUCAGAGUGUUAUAUAUUGUGAAGAAGAGAAUGAAUGAAAUUGCAGUUAUUAGUAGACCUGUUCACGAGCCCAAUUUUGUCGGGAUUUUAAAUACAUUAUAAACUAGACAUCUAAUAGAUAAACAUAAAUCUUUUGUUAUUA